AUGCCUCGUACACUCCGAGUCAUCCCUCAUGCCAUACCUAUGGAAGAUAUCUGCCGUGAGAUGCCUCCUGUGGACUGGGCCGUCCCCAUCAAACCUGAAGACGGAUACAAGGCAGCCGUCACCACACCCCACGGACAAUACGCAUAUCGACGGAUGGGGAUGGGGAUGGGUCUCAAGACGGAGAUGAGCACAUAUGCUCAAUUCUAUCACCAUGCCGCCGAGCACCGACCGAGAUGGACGUCCCCGACAAAGGAUAUUCGCACCGUCAUGGGGCAAUUCGACCAUACAAUAUUGCAAGAUUGUGACGACAUUGACAGCGUUUCUCAAGCCGCAUGGGUCGCCAGCCAACAAAGCCGGACCCUUGACACGCCGCAAGCCCGUGCAAUAAUCCGCAUAUCUCGACGUCUUGAACGCGCGCCAGGAAUAGGAAACGAAACUCAUAUCAAUGCUUGA